AUGGUUUCAGAUAGCUCCAAUGAGACCAGUAACUCGGACAUUCUCGACCUGCAUGACAUUGCUCUCCUCCUCAAUUACGAGCGGGCAUCAACCGAGCCCCGUUUCAGACACGCAAAGCUACGUGAAGUCACAAAUUCAGACUUUCAGACCGUUAGACUUCUAGCGCCCGAAUGGGCAGCCCCUAACGUUCCUAAGACGGGUAUGGUGUUCGACAAACCUAGGAGGGGUAGUCAAACGGAGACACGUCCCGACUUACCAUCCAACAUGCUCCCCGAUUCUCCGUCGCCAUCAUUGACCAGUUUGAAUCCCAAACAGCUCGAGACGCUGUAUUGGCAAGCCCGAAAUCAUGACGGAUGCUAUCGUACUGUUACUUUGUUUCAGCAUUUCAUCGACCUCUUUCCCAAUCCCAACACCAUCCCCAUUCGCGUGCGCACUAUUGAUAACCAUGGACCAAAGGUUUAUACCGUAUCAGCUGGGGCUCGACUCAUUUUGGAAAUGAAGCUCAAGGAACCUAGCUCAUUAACCUUGGCCUGUGUUUUGCCCGACAACCAAACAUACAUCUCCGGAGGAGCCAGAGUUAUCGACCACGCCGUGCUUGCGUUCUCUGAAGACGGUCAGAAUAUCGAAAGCAUUCUCGACCUCUCUUCGCUGCAAUUUGGAGACGUUGGCCGUGGAUGCAAAGGCCGUGGAUUGUUCCUUUUAGAGCCUGUACACGAAUAUGUCGACCGCUAUUUGCCAAGAUUCGCGACGCAGAACAAUUUUGAAGAUGGGAAACACAGUUCGAGGAUCAACGAUGCUCCAGAUAGUGCAUGGCUUAGACAAGUGGCGAAGAGGGUCAAGGAAAGGUGGGACAACCGUAAAAAUGAACACUGGUGCGGUCACUGUGGGGCGCCAGGAAAGACCCUUCGCAAAUGUCCAUGCGGAAGCGCGUAUUACUGCGAUGUUGACCAUCAGAAGGCCGCUUGGCCAUUCCAUAAACAUUUCCAUACUACUUAG